UUGUUAGAGGACAAAUUUGGCCGGGAGGAGGAACUCGAUCGUGAGACCGCCAUUGGCAAAGCGAAAUUCUUUUACAAACUCUGUCUGAACGAAUCAGAAAUUUUCGACAACUGGCGGACAACGUUUAACGAAGUCGUAGCCGCGUUCGGAGGGUGGCCAAGUCUGGGACAUCGAAUGCCGGAACACGUGUCGAUUGAGAAACUGUACGGAGACAUGGUUGCUAAAUUUCGAGCCGACUCACUGUUCAAGGCUACCGUUCAGCCGGAUGACAAGAACUCGGAGAAGCACGUUUUAUUAAUUGACCAACCAGCGUUAAAUCUAUUUGCACGAGAUUUCUAUGUAUUAGCGGAAAACGAGGAGCGACUGGCUUAUUUACAACUAAUAAGAGAUGUGCUCGUGCUUCUGCAUGCACCCGCUGAGUCGGCUACCCAAGAUGCGGAGGAGAUCAUCGAGUUUGAGACCGCUUUAGCUAAUAUCACAAUGGCUGAUGAUCAACGUCAUGAUAUUGCCGAACUCUACACGAAGAUGACGUUAGGACAAAUGAAGCAAGAGCUGCCGAAUUUUGACUGGCUGCUCUUCUUCAAUGAAGUGUUUCGCGAAAUUGUCGACCAGUCACUAGGACCAUUGCUCGAGGGUAUCCACUAG